AUGUCAGAAGUGAAUGAAUUUAGUAAAUAUGACGAUGUUUUGACAUCGAUAUUAGUAAAUGAGAAGUCAAUAUUAGGAUUUCUAUCUGCAAUAUUUAAUUUCCUAGCUCGACGAACUGAUUUUUAUUAUGUUCCUGAAGGACCUUACGAGAACAUGGGCUUUCCACCAGGGGUAGCUGAAGAACUGGUGCUUAAAGUGUUGCGUAAAUGUGAUCCAAAAGGAUGGACCGACAGCACAAAAUCUGCAGAUAUUAACAACGAAAUCAUGUGUUCAACGGUUGCCCAGGAGGUAGAAAUUGCUGCUGAAGAAGAUGACUCACCACAAGAGUCUGAUAAACUUGAUCCAGAAACUCAUCUUGGUGAAAUGAAUCAAGGAGAUAAUAUAGAUGUAUCAAAAGAUGACAGAUCUGUGUUUCCAGAAGAUUAUGAACCACCAUACAUUCCAGUACAAAAGAGCAGUGAGUCUUACAAUGGGGCUAUAAGAGAAAAUUACUCUUGGGCACAGACUAUUACUGAUUUAGAUGUAACACUGAAAUUACCACCAGAUAUAAAGCCAAAAGCAUUAAAAGUUACAAUAAAUCCUGGAGAUAUUUCUGUUUCAUACGCCAAUAAUGUAAUUAUCAAAGAUUCCCUCCCAUAUAAGAUAAAGACUAUGGAAAGCUUUUGGAGUGUGAGUGAAGGGAAAAUGUUAAUUCAUUUAGAAAAGGUACAAGAAAGAUGGUGGAACAAAUUCCUUUCUGGAGAAGAGGAGAUAGACCUAUCUAAAAUUGAUUGUUCAAGACCUUUGGAUGAUUUGCCAGAAGAUCAUGUUGCUAAGGUAAGGGAACUGCAAUGGAAUCAGGAACAAAAGAUGAAAGGCCUUCCGACUAGUGAUGAAAUAAGAAACAUUGAAAUACUCAAAAAAGCCUGGAAUAUAGAUGGAUCCCCCUUCAAAGGAACAGAAUUUAAUCCUAAUGUACUCAAAAAAUAA